GGGGCAGGGGUGUAGAGCUGGGGUUCCCAGCGGAGAGCAUGUCCAAGGAGCGGCUGCCGGCGAGGUGAUGCUUCUGCCUGGGCCUACUUGGGACCGGAAGUGAGCGCUCGCGCGGGGAGGAUGCCGGGAAGCAGGUCCCAGGGGAUAUGUGUGUGUCGCUGCAGACCCAUCCCGGAAGCCGGCCGGGAGGUGAGCGUCCCGGAGUCGGGCGGCCGCUCCGUUGACUGCAGGGCCUCGGCGGCCUUCCUCCGCUGUUCCGAGGCCGUUGAGGGCUGAUGUGCCCCAGCCUCCCACUUGUGGUUUGGCAGGCCAUCCAGCCGACUACAAACCCACGUUUGUGAGUUACCUGCUGGCUGUGACGCUUCCGUCAAAUCUGAGUAACAGUUUCCUCAUCUCUAAGAUGGGUAACAUAGUAUCUACCUCACAGGAUCGUGUGGGCAGUACAUGCAUAGAAAGGAUUUAACACGCAGUGUACUCAGCUAGUUUUAUUAUUUAUCCGUGAUGAUCAUUUGUUCUUUUCCCCUAACUGUGCCUCACAAGCACGAAACAGAAUCCGCCAAACAUUUAGGUCUGGGUAGUGGUUGGAUGGAAACCCACCGCGGGUUAACGCUUCCAACACCAGUCCCUUGACACUCUCCCGCCGAGGAGGCUGAUUUGUAAACUUGCUGAGAAGAGACUACCCAGCAGAUCUUUCAGGUUUCAAAUCCACGUUCUUUACAAGUUGUGUUAAUUGUUUGUAUAUGCUUUCGAUAUAGAGUCUCUAGGAAGUAAUACUAGUACAUGUUUUAAAAUUCAAAUACUGCCAAACAGUGAGAUGUAAGUCUCCCUCCUAACUUCUGUUUCCCAAAUCCCAUGUCGUUUCUUCUGAGGCAAUAGACAUUGUAUAUGUGUGUGUAUAGAUAGAUACAUAUGUGUAUCUCUCGUCUUUUUUUUUUUUCUUUUAAAAGAGUGCACACCACCAUGCCCAGCUAAUUUUUAAGUUUUUUUAUAGAAAUGAGGUCUCACUAUGUUGUCCAGGCUGGUCUUGAACUCCUGGGCUCAAGUGAUCCUCCACCUCAGCCUCCUAAAUCUCUGGGAUUACAGGAGUGAGCCACCAUGCCAGACCUCUAAAGUGUUCUUGACAACCCCCUUUGUAAUGACAUUAGCGCCUUUUUACCUUCCUUACAGUUGGAAGUACAAAACACUUAACCAUUUCCAUAAUCAUUUCUGUCAAAUAUUUCUCAAGUAAUUGUGAAAGACUUUGAUUCCUAUUCUGUUUUCUAAGGAAAGAAUCAUCCUGUCUUUGUAAAACUUUAAUAUUUUUUCUUGUUUUACUUGCAGACUAUCAAGAUCUCCACUUAGGGAAGUGGGAAUCUUAUUUGCGGAACAUUGGGCAGAAGCUUUGCCAUUGGCUGGUGGAGAAGGAGGAGGCAGAGUGUCUGCAUUGUUACACCAUACAGCUCAAACUUCAGAAGACUUUGGGUUAAGCAGUUAUCAUUAGUCUGCAAAUGAUCGUGUUUUCACCUGAUCAUUAUAAACUAAUGAAACACCUUUUAAGUCUUAUGAAUUCAGGUUACACUGUUUUCCAGAUGCCUUGGCAGCUGGUACAGGGCCUCUGAAAAAUGGAACCAAAUUCUCUGAGGACUAAAGUCCCAGCUUUCUUAUCUGAUUUGGGGAAGGCCACAUUGAGGGGAAUCAGAAAGUGUCCCCGAUGUGGCACAUACAAUGGAACCCGGGGACUGAGCUGUAAGAACAAGACAUGUGGAACCAUAUUCCGCUACGGUGCACGCAAGCAGCCUAGUGUUGAAGCUGUCAAAAUCAUUACAGGCUCUGAUCUUCAGGUCUACUCAGUGCGGCAAAGAGACCGGGGCCCUGAUUACCGAUGCUUUGUGGAGCUCGGGGUUUCAGAGACAACAAUCCAGACAGUGGAUGGGACGAUCAUCACUCAGCUGAGCUCUGGACGGUGUUAUGUCCCCUCAUGCCUGAAAGCUGCCACUCAAGGCGUUGUGGAAAACCAGUGCCAGCACAUCAAGCUGGCGGUGAACUGCCAGGCAGAGGCCACCCCUCUGACCCUGAAGAGCUCGGUCCUGAAUGCAAUGCAGGCCUCCCCGGAAACCAAACAGACCAUCUGGCAGUUGGCCACGGAACCCACAGGUCCUCUGGUGCAGAGAAUUACUAAAAACAUCUUGGUGGUGAAAUGCAAGGCAAGCCAGAAGCACAGUUUGGGGUAUUUGCAUACAUCUUUUGUGCAGAAAGUCAGUGCCAAAAGCUUGCCUGAGCGCCGCUUCUUCUGCUCCUGUCAGACUCUGAAAUCGCACAAGUCAAAUGCCUCCAAGGAUGAGACAGCCCAGAGAUGCAUUCAUUUCUUUGCUUGCAUCUGUGCCUUUGCCAGUGACGAGACACUGGCUCAGGAAUUCUCAGACUUCCUAAAUUUUGAUUCCAGCGGUCUUAAAGAGAUUAUUGUACCCCAGUUAGGUUGCCAUUCAGAAUCAACAGUAUCUGCUUGUGAGUCUACUGCCUCUAAGUCAAAGAAGAGGAGAAAGGAUGAAGUAUCUGGUGCACAGAUGAACAGUUCACUACUGCCUCAAGAUGCAGUGAGCAGUAAUCUAAGGAAAAGUGGCCUGAAAAAGCCUGUGGUUGCUUCCUCAUUAAAAAGGCAGGCCUGUGGUCAGCUGUUAGAUGAGGCACAAGUGACUUUAUCCUUCCAAGACUGGCUGGCCAGUGUCACAGAACGCAUCCAUCAAACCAUGCACUAUCAGUUUGAUGGCAAACCAGAACCAUUGGUGUUCCACAUUCCUCAGUCAUUUUUUGAUGCCCUGCAACAGAGAAUAUCUAUAGGAAGUGCAAAAAAACGGCUCCCCAACUCCACCACAGCUUUUGUUCGGAAAGAUGCCUUGCCACUGGGAACCUUUUCCAAGUAUACUUGGCAUAUCACUAAUAUCCUGCAAGUUAAACAAAUCUUAGAUACCCCAGAGAUGCCCUUGGAAAUCACCCGUAGCUUUAUCCAGAACCGAGAUGGGACUUAUGAGCUAUUUAAAUGCCCUAAAGUGGAAGUAGAAAGCAUAGCAGAAACCUACGGUCGUAUAGAAAAACAACCAGUGCUGCGACCCUUGGAACUAAAAACUUUUCUCAAAGUUGGCAACACUUCCCCAGAUCAAAAGGAGCCAACACCUUUCAUCAUCGAGUGGAUCCCAGAUAUCCUUCCCCAAUCUAAGAUUGGUGAGCUGCGGAUCAAGUUUGAGUAUGGCCACCACCGGAAUGGGCAUGUGGCGGAGUACCAAGACCAGCGGCCCCCCUUGGACCAGGCCUUGGAACUGGCCCCUCUGACCACUAUUACUUUCCCUUAAAGCAAAACAAGAUAAUAAUCUUUUGCUGCUUAAUUUGCACAUCCCCACCCCUUGACAACUUUAAAUGCUAGUUAGGCACUUAGAUGGCCCUGUUCCUUGGUGAACUGCUCUUAGCUAAGAUGCAAAUUCUCAGUGCUUUCAAGUGGAUUCUGUUGAAGAAAAUCUCUUGUAAAUAGCCUUUUUGGUGCUGCUGUGUACAGUCUUCAUUAUGCAUUGGGCAGUAUUUCUGGCUAGAGUUUUAAAAGGAACAGAAAGAAAACCAGCUUAUUUUCCUUCUUACGGACUCAUCUUUAGCGUUUAUUUCAACCUUUUGCUAAUUCUCUGAGAAAUUUGCAGCACUCAGCCAUACACCAACAGUGUUGGAAAGUUAACACCCUGGUUAGGGCAGAAUGUUAAAGACCAUCUUGGCAGAGUUCCAGCCACGCUCUUUAUUCUGUUCUCAAAUAAAGCAGUGUCACUAGUUUUUCCAAA